UUAAACAUUGCGUUUCUUUCAUUAAAAUUGAUUUAAAAUGCCUGUCGAUUUGAAAAUUAAAAUUGAGACAAUCCUUAGUUUUAAAUUGUAUUAUUUACUGACUAUCUUUGUUAUAUUCAACAACUUCCAGAGUAUUCACUCGUUUCCUCACAUUGAUAUAGCCGCCUUUUUACAUCCACAUGCGACUGAGCUUCCAGAAAUAUCCACCAAUGUGCUUCCAAAGCAUCGAUACUCACAAUUGACUUGUGACGAAUCAAAAUUCUCUUGUGGCGAUUCUUGUAUUCCACUUGCAUGGAAAUGUGAUGGAGCACUUGAUUGUAAAGAUGGUUCCGAUGAAACAGGAUGUAAAGGUUGUGCUAAAGAUAUAGAUUUAUUUGCAUGUGCGAAUGGUAGAUGUAUUCCCAGCAAUUUUCUUUGCGAUUCAGAAGAUGAUUGCGGUGACAAAUCGGAUGAAGUAAAUUGUAAAAUCUCGUGUCCAUCUUACAAGUUUACUUGUUCCAUUGGUAAUAAGUGUAUCGAUAAAGCAUUAAAAUGUAAUGGUAUUACAGAUUGUCCUGAUGAAUCAGACGAAAAAGAAUGUGGUCAUGAAUGUUCAGAAAAGGAGUUUAGGUGUGACGAUGGUACUUGUAUUGAAAAAUCAUUCCGUUGUGAUCAAAUUAUUGACUGUAAAGAUCAAAGUGAUGAGAUUGGUUGUGAUACUAAAAUUCACCGUAAGGACACUACACAUAAAAGACCAGAAUCAUCAGUUGAUUUUAUGAAUCUUUUCAACUUUUUGGCAAAUUUCGGUGCUUAUUCAACAAUUGAACGCGUUAAUACAAAGAAUGGCUCUAAGAUGGAAAUUGUACUAAAAGCGAACUCUGUGUCUACGAUUGGUGUAGCUAUUAGCGCUGAAAAUGUCAAAGUAUAUUGGAUCAAUGGCACACAUGGUACUUUGGUCAAUAGCAAUGGAUUGGACAAAGAAAACCCCUGAUUUCAUCUUUGAUUAAAUAUGCUUUUUCUUUGCAAAUAAGGCUCUGAAUUGCAAGCAGAGAUGACAGACCAAAACUAUGAUCCAGCACCUUUUAAUUUAAAUGUCAAUUUUAUAACCUGUUGCCUUAAUGCUAAAUGUAAUCUUUGGCCAAAUAAAUUAAAAUAAACUCUCAAAAGCUGGUUGUCACU